AAUGCGGGGACUAUAUAUUUAUAUAUUUUAAAAAAGCCUGAGGAAACACCCAGCCUACACUAAAUGCCAAGGAAUUUAACGAAAAAUCCAUACGAGCUCAGACGUCGCCUCGUAAAAGGUCUGCGCAUGGCAGUUUCUUCCAGGACUGCCUGUGAUAAGUCAGCUACUGGAAAUAAAAAACAGACUAGCAGCAAACACCUAAACCUUUUGCAACUUAACAUCUUAGGCCUACAAAACAAGACAACAGAACUCCAACACAUACUCAAGAAGCAUGAUAUACACAUAGCGCUAUUACAAGAAACACUACUGCCCAAGAAAAAAAUAAACAUCACAGGCUACACACAGUACAGAUGCCUUUGCACCAAAUGCCAGGGAAUUAUGACCCUCAUAAGAAACGACACACAAGCCACAGUAAAACAAAUACAGAACAAUACAGACAUCGACACGCAGGAAAUACUUCUUUGGAGAGAAGGAACAAAGUACACCAUCAAAAACUACUAUUGCCCACCAUCAUCAACAGCAGAAAUAAACAUACAACUACCACACUACACAAGGACAAUAAUAGCUGGCGACUUCAAUGCACACACACCUUCCCUAGGCUACCCACACUACAACAAAGAAAUAGAGGAUGUAACAAAUGCCUCUAACCUACACCUUCUGCAAAACAAAACUACACCUCCAACUUUCCUCCACAGAGCACACAACACAACUAGCAGACCUGACCUAACUUUUAUCUCUACAGACAUUACCGACUCUUCUAAAAUAACAGUACUUGAAGACAUAGGUAGUGACCACAGGCCUAUACUCCUCAAUAUUGGAACGCCAGGUAGAUACCAAUCCAACAAAACAACAAGAUGGAACUAUAAAAAAGCUAACUGGGCAGCUUUUUCACAAGAAACAGACACAAGACUAUCAAGCAUAAUUGAGACAGACAUCAAUUCAACCUACACAACUAUAGUCUCCAACAUCUUACAAGCAGCAAAAAAAUACAUCCCUCGAGGCCAAGUUAAGAAAUACAAACCUUUUUGGACACCUGAAUUAGAUAAAUUAGUAAAAGAAAGAAACAUGGCCAGGAAGACUAUAAAAAAAAAAACUACUAGAGAGAACAAGACAACGUACAACAAAUUGACAGGGCUUAUAAGAUACAAAAUUAAAACAGAAAAAAAGAAAAAGUGGACCACAACAUGCGAACAACUAGAUGGAUGGUCGAAAGGCCUGGACCCUUCUGCACCGACUAGCAGGAAAGCAACAAAUAACAAACCCCCAACCUAUAAAAGGCACUGACGACAUAAUAACAGAAAACCUUAAAAAGGCUGAAACCUUCAAUAAAUAUUUUGCCAACAUUAACAAGUCAAAGCCAAGAAAACAACUGGACCAGGCCUUCAGUAAUAUCUUAAAGAAAGAAGAAAAAGCUCCAACAGUCAACUGUCAGAUCUUUGACACUCCCUUCACUCUACAUGAGCUCAAUACUGCCCUAAAAAGCCUCAAGUCAAGAAAAUCCCCUGGACCCGAUAAAAUAACAAAUGAAAUGAUUCGGGGACUAGGACCACAGGCCCAAAACUGUAUACUUAACUUCAUCAACCAUACAUGGAAAACUGGAGACAUACCACAGGAAUGGAGAACCGCAAACAUAAUACCCAUUUUAAAGAAAAAUAAACCACCUGGAGACCCAAAAAGUUAUAGACCAAUAUCUCUAACAUCCAACAUUGGCAAAAUGGCAGAAAAAAUGAUCAAUAACCGACUUUAUUGGUGGCUAGAAAGUACUUGCUCACUCCACAAUGCACAAGCUGGCUUCAGGAAAGCAAGUAGAACAGAAGACCACCUCUUUCAUUUUAUCCAGGACACAGUAGAAGGGUUUCAUGAAAACAAGCACACUACAGCAGUAUUUAUAGAUUUGCAGCAAGCCUAAGAUAGAGUGUGGAGAAAAGGUCUAUUUUUGAAGAUGAAAAAAAUGGGCAUCCAUGGAAAAAUGUACUGCUGGAUCAGGGCAUUCUUAAACAACAGAACCAUCCAAACCCGAUUUGAAGGUGCCAUCUCUAGUAAAAAAAGUUUGGAAGAAGGACUACCACAAGGUUCAGCCCUUAGCUGCACUCUCUUUCUAAUCUUCAUGAAUGACCUCCCGGACCUCAUUUCGUUCAAUAAGGCACUUUAUGCAGACGACCUUUUAAUUUGGACUACAGAGAAAUAUCCAGUGCUGACUAAAUCCAAACUAAAUAGAGCCCUCACAACUAUCUCCACAUAUUCAAAAUUAUGGAAAAUGGAAAUAAACAAAGAAAAGUCAGUUUAUUCAAUCUUUAGCCACAGCAACAAAACAGCAAAAAGAAACUACAUCCUAAAAAUAGACUCUCAGCCAAUAAAUAAAGAAGAAAAUCCAACAUAUCUUGGUGUAAAACUAGACCAAAGACUGUCUCUAAAACACUUUAUGGCAGAUUUAAAAGAAAAGGCAUCACAAAGAUUAAACAUAAUAAAACACCUAGCAGGAACAUCCUGGGGAGCUGAAAAGAAAACCGUAAGACAUUUUGUCAAUUCAGUUUUAGAACCUCUGUGACAUGAAGUGACACUCAGUCACCUAUUGUAAUAUUACGUGCUGGUAAGCACGAGAAUAAGUUUAGCGACUCAAAAAUAAGGGUCAAUGUUAGUCAGUUAGUGAAGAACUCCAGCAGAGAGUGGCCGUAAUAUAAUUUUCUCUGUCUGUAAUAUGUACGGUGACAAAUUUGAGCAUGUGUUAACUUAGAAGAUUUCUUCGGACUUACAUUGUGAAUAUUUUAUUAAUGUGAUUGCUUUGUCUACAUGGCAUGAGCAGCCAGUACUUAUUGGUUUAUAUCUUGUGAAGGCUGAAGUCGCCAAUAUCUUUUGUGAUCUAUAUUUUAUAUGUAAUAAAAUUCUUGUCUGCUACAAGAGCGUUUAUUAAUACUUCAGAACGUUUGUGUUUGGAGAGUUCAGUACGUUAGUGUUCUCACGCACCUGCAAAUCUAGUGCGUAUGAGAAAGCAUUUAAUUAAAGAACAUUACAGCAAUACCAAAAGAAGCAUUCGCGUCAUCACGUCUACAACCAGAACCAGGCAGUGACAUUUGGUGGCCAGUAUGUCUUAAAUGACAGAACGAACCUACACUCUUUAACAAGUAAAUCGUCGAUUGUCUACAUUCCAUCUGGCGUAGAAGUACAAGGACUAUUUUCUUCCAUCAUGGCGGCGAAAACAAUUGAACAAACUUAGAGGGCUAAUAAACUUUUCUUCAACAAGAAAUCAACUCAGGUGGCCUUGCUACAACAUGAUCUCAAAACGAUUCCUAGAUCUUAGUGUGCUAUCUUAGAUCUGGAAUGUAGCCAACUAGACUUAAAAUAUAAUACCAAGUUGAAGGUAAAUAAAUAGCUACAAUUUGGACAGUCUACUAAUCACAUGACCUUAUCAAUCUUAUGACGUCAUCGCUUCAUUUGCAAGACCUUAAUCGCCUAAGGCUAAGGAACUAAAAGCAUGCCACUGAAGGCGCGUUUUUUUUUUUACCAACCAGAAACUUAAAUAACUCUGUUGUAAACUUAUAAGGACUUAUGAACUCUAAUCUAAUACUUCGACAAGAUUAAACUUCAAUUUGAUUACUUUAACAAGAAACUUCACCUUACAAAGAGCCACUUUGAACCAAGAUCUGAUGCAGAUUGAUGAUAAACAACAGGUCAAGGCCCAUUCAUCUUAACUUUUAGAGAUCUACUACCUUAACAUCCUCAUACACAUAAGAGUCGAUUUAAUUAGUGUGUAUGAAACUGAAUACAGUCAUGCCUGAUGAGCCGCAAUAUGGGUGAAAACAAUUACUGAAGAAAAGCCGAAGCCGGAGUACAGCAACCUGUCUGUACUAAUCAAUUCAGACGUCAUUCAAGUCCACUAUUCAUCGUGGUGUACGUCGUUUGAGACUCACCUAAUUAUUUGUUCACUGUUCCAGUAACAAAUUGGGGUACACUGGGGCACGUCAUACCACCAUAUCGUCCUAACUGAAGAGAAUCUUCUCCAUAACAUCUUCUGUGAAGAACUUUUCCUGUCGUAUAUUGCUAAUUAAGUCAAUCAUAGACUAUUGGAUUAUCUUCUAAAAGAUCAAGUACUUUGGAUUAUAUAUACAUAUACUAUUUGUCAUCUUAGUCAUCGUUGCCCACACUAUUUGUAUUAAGCCCUUAUUGGAUCACUAGCUACCAGUUUAAUUAAUUCUGUUUGGAUUAUUGAGCUCAUUAUUGGAUAUAUUACCUCAUUUCAUUGGUUUAUUUUGUGACUGGACUAUUGGAUAUAUUACCUUAUUUCACGGAUUUAUUCUAUGAUUGGAUUAUCACUGGACUAUGGAUCUACACUAAGAGUAUUGAGCUUAUCUACAUCAGACUACACUAGAAAGCCCCUCACAUACAACUCAAUUUACUUCUAUUGGCUGGAAAUAUUUAAAGCAUGACAGUGGCGUAGGUAAAUUACCAAAUAGUGGAUCUUAUGUUGGAUUGAUCAGCCCUGAUGAACUGACCUGACCAUUGUAAUUGAAACCAUAACUCACUCUAUCUGUAUAGGUCCUGGUAUACCCUGGGAUAAUGUUCACCCACAACUUUUAACUUGAAAUCUUAAAGGAAGUUUUGCUAAACUAACAAGCAUGAAUGUCUGGUACAGUAAGAUAGGGUUAAUGGUCAACCUGACAUCAUGGUUCAUUCAUUGGGACAGCUAAUGUUUGUGUCUGGCUUGAUGAAGUCUACAAACUGACCACUAUAUCUACUGGACAAAAAGGAUCAUAUUCUGACCCCGUCCCUCCCAACCAUUUCCUCUGCCUCAUCUUGAUGACUUUGAAGGGUACAAAUGCACUUGGAGCUUUUGAUGGUGUUCUGUUCAAUGCAACAAUUCCCACAUCUCCAGCAGCUGGCUUUGCAGCUAUUGGCGCAGACAGCUAUGGCUUGGAUGAUUUUGAUAAUUAUCUGCUUCCGCUCUUCAAAACUCAAACGCACGUCUGCCAUGUUGCAGUUAAUUCCUUGCCACUCCGGUACUGUGUGUGGUACAGAACCACCUUCACAUUUAUUUUUCUAAUUAGACAUUAAGCUUUCCAUGUGCUGAAAUUUAGCAUUGUAGAACGGGAAAUAAAUUGUCUAUGACAGUUCAAAGUGUGUAUACAUUUUUUUUACGCACCCUGUAUAUAUAUUGUAUUCAGUGAUUUUUUUAUUUUACCAUUUUCUAAUAUUAGUUUGUUAGCUCAAUAACUAUUAACCUUUUAGAUUGUUAUCUUUCAUAAUGUUAAGACUAGAAAACAAGAUCUCAAAAUUAUAUUUAGGACGAUGAUUACAAUUACUAAGUCAAUUACUUAGAUAAAAUAAUUAUAAAACAAAAGUUAUAUAAAGACAUAAUUAUACAAUGUUUUUGUUUUGUAUGUUCAUAAAAAUGUGUAUAGCAGUGUUAUGGAGUGUGUGUGUGGGUGUUUCCAAGGUAACGUUGAGAAAUUAGCGAUUGGUUGGUGGAUAUGCAGUGAGGAUGGUGAAAUUACAAAAAUGGUCUAGUGCAAAUUACCCAGGGAUCUGAAACUGUACAGAAAGGUUUUUUGUAGUGAGUUAGAUUUUGUUUAAAAUACCAUUUUAUAUUAUUGCUACUAGACUUAUUUCAUUUCAUCUAGGUUAGUAUUAGGGUUAGUGUUAUGUUGUAAUAAAAGUUAUAUUUAGUUUUGUUUAAAAAAAGACGUUUUUUCAAGUUUCACAAUUAAAUAUAUAUAUAUAUCCAAGCAGUAGUUCUCACCAAACUUUCAUACACUGGCAGAACUACCUUUAAAAAAUGUUCUGCUGGAGGCUGGUGUGGGUAGUAUAGAAGAAAUACUUAUCAUUCAACAGCUGUGAUGGGUUGGAAAAUUAUCCCACAUGGGGGGCGACUGCAUGCCAAAUGGUAUCUUCAAGGAUGGCGUAAGGGGGUGCUCCUGUAAGCACUAUAAAGAUUAACUCAGGCACCUUUUUGCCAUAGAGGAAAGUAGGUUGUAAUAGGGUUUAUGAAAACACUGCACUCAUGGUAAUGAAUGGUAAUGUCUUAGUGUUAAUGAUUAGAUUGAGAAUGGUAAUGUCGUAGUGCCAAUGAUAACAGUGAGAAUGGUAAUGUAUUAGUGUCAUUGAUUAGAUUGAGAAUGGUAAUGUCUAGUGUCACUGAUUAGAUUGAGAAUGGUAAUGUCUUAGUGUCAAUGAUAACAGUGAGAAUGGUAAUGUCUUAGUGUCAAUGAUUAGAUUGAUAAUGGUAAUGUCUUAGUGUCAAUGAUUACAUUGAGAAUAGUAAUGUCUUAGUGCCAAUGAUAACAGUGAGAUAAUCAUUAGAUUGAGGAUGGUAAUGUCUUAGUGUCAAUGGUGUAACACUAUGAUUAGAGUGAGAUGCACGAGAUGAUUUCAAUUCACGUGAAAAUGGGUCUUACACAUUGUCAAGCAAAGAGGUACCAUUUUUGAUCACAUGACCACAUUUUUUUUUGGUAAGUUAGCGCUAUGAUGUAUCAAGAGACGGAGGUGUCUCUGUUUUAUGAAAUUGGAUUAAAUAAUAUGAGUACCUAAUUGGAGCUUUUUCUAUGGAUGUAGUUUGUAUUUGAUGUGAAAUAAUUUGUGAUGAUAUUGUAUGGCUGAGAUUGCCUACUUUCUGAACUAUUAUUUGAUGUAAUAAAUAUUCGUCUGCCA